UCUACACAUUCACUUUACAAGAAAAUGAACAAGAUGAAAGCUCUGGUGUUCUUGAUGUGUUUUGUGGGCUGCACAGUAGCCGCCCCAGUGCCUGAAAGUGGGAGCCAAGAGCAGCAGAUAGCGGCCCACGCUCACACAGCCCUACAGCUGAUGGAACUCUACCGACUGUAUGGCCACCUGCAGCAUCAGGGCGUUGCAGCUCCUGCUCCACUCCAGGUACAGGCUCAGCCUGCUCAAGCACCACAGCCGGGAUUCUUGGUCAACUACCCUGCAUUGCCCCCUAGAGAAGAUGACUCUGAUGAGGAAGCACAGCCCCAACAUGUUGGUGCAUUCUACCCACCGUAUGGCUACCCAGCUGUACCUGCAGCCCCCGCAGCCCCACUAACCCCACUGAAUUCAGACGAGGCUGAGGGUGCGGAAGAAGCUGAAGGUGCCGAGGCAGCAGAAGCCGAAGGUGCCGAGGCAGCAGAGGCUGAAGCUGAACCAGUGUCCGAGGCCCCAGUCACUGACCUAGCCCCUACUGCUACUGCUGUUGACCCUGUGGUAGUUGACCCCCCAGUGGAGGUUGAGGUUGGCAUAGAGGUUCCUGUAGCUGCAAACGCCCCUACAACAGACGUCCUUAAUGCUGCCGCUGCCGCAGCUGCUGCUGUUGAUCCUACUCUGGUCCCCCAGGAGGCACCACUGGCUGUGGAGAUUGACACCACAGUUGUGGGGCUGGACACUCAUUUUCAUUAGGAGGCAAGGCCUCAGCUUCACUCCCUGUGUAUCCAACCGCUCACUGCAGCAUAAUGGCACAGGGGUGGGGUUAGUUUAUGGAACGACGCCAUGUGAUUGGCUAGAACAAGAGUAUGCUGGUAUAGGGAGAUUAAAAAAAAAACUAUUUUUUUUGACUGGAGGCUUUGUGUGAACCUUAAUGUGAGAACUGAAGCUUUGUGACUGUGUGGUAGUUUAACGUGUGAUAAUUCAGUCCUUUCUCUGUAUUUUUGGCCAUUUUCUUUGAAUAAAAAUGUCCAUCUUCGUCUUGCAA